AUCAUGGAACGAGGAUGUCUCAAGAUCUAGACACGCCCGCAGCUUUUUACGGUGGCAUGCAGGACUUUGAUCGUUCGGGAAUAGGAUCAUCUGGCCGUAUACUAGCUUCCUGCUUGACACGGGCCCGGAUGGAUGACCACGUAGCGAGUCGGUAGAAGAUGAGAGCGUCCCCACGUUGAAUCUACGCAGUCAUGUGAUGUGCCACUAGUUGACAGACAAAUCGAAGCGAGCAGUCCUGCAGCCGCCUCUUUUAAGUCUCAGGUCCAUGCGUAGAGUUUCGUCUCGUGGACAAUUGCAAAAAUCUUCCCGUGGCACAGGAAACAUUUCGGGUACCACGGGUCAUGCAUCAGGGUGUACCGCACGUCAUUUUAAAUUUAAACGGCGCUUUAUAAAGGACUCGUUACUCAAAGGAACGAGAGAACGUGCAACAUGAUGCAACGGACCUUCGUGUUUCUCUCACUCAUCGUCUCUGUAUUUUCACAAGACUUGGGAGUCCCAUUAUCGUGGAGGAAAUUUUCGAACGAGCGGCCUCUUGACGAACGUAUAAGGAUUGCACAGAAUGGGAUCAAUGCGAUCAUACCUCAGUUGAACGCUGGAACCGCCGAAUUCAACGAUAUUGGGUUCUGGCAAUCCGGAAAUGUGUAUUCAGCAAUGGCAAAUCAAGAUCACAUCGCCGGAACCACCGUCAAUCGCGAUCGGGUAGUCAACGGUCUCAAUACCGCUUUCAAUCUCAACGCGAAUUACGACAAAUUCGGGUGGUGGGCACAGAGCGCUGUUUAUGCGUAUCGAGCAUACCGAGAUGACAAUCUUCUAUCCCAUGCCGUUGCCACUUGGAACCGCGUGUCUGCAUUCGUCAUCACAGCUGCACAAGCCAGUGCAGGCAAGACUUCCGUGAAAAGCUUCUCAUUAGCAGGCAGUUGCGAUGGCGUGACCAUGGCUGGGGGUGUAUUUUGGCGCCCCACUACUGAUGACCAGCUCUACUUGACCCUCUCUGCAUAUUUAGCCGAGAUCACGAACGACGCUAAAUACAAGAAUGCCGCGAUUUUGAGUGCUCAGUGGAUCAAGGCCCAUAAUAUCAACUCCAACAACAUCGUUCUGGACACAGUAAACGGGCACGACUGCAGCCGGUCUCCCGCAAACUGGCUCUUCACGUAUAACAGUGGAAAAUACAUCGAGGGCUUGAGCGUCUUGGCCGCAAUAACAGGUGAUGCCCAAUGGACCUCCCUGUAUACCAAUAUUGCCAACUCGGCUAUGAAGACUAAUGUAUGGGAGGGUUCCGAUGGGAUCAUUACAGAGGGAGCUAGCCCUCAGCAGAAUAAUGACGGUGUCGGUUUCAAAGCUGUUUUCAUACGAGGUCUUCACGAAGCCUUCAGCCGAAGCUCCAAUCAAGCAUUGAAAAUACUGAUUCAUAGUUACAUUGACGUCCAGUAUAACGCUCUUCUCGAUCUGGCUGCUAACGGAGAUACGUAUUCUUCAGCCUGGCAUGGACCCUCACAAAGCUUCACUACUUGGGGUCAACUUGCUGCCCUAGAUGUCUUAGUAUCUGCCAUUGACGCUAACUGA